AUGGGAGGCUUUGGGAGACGGCCCUUUUCACUUUCGGCAAAAAGACCAGAGGCCUAUAUCCUCCCUGAGCCGAUUGACGAGGAGCUGCUCCCGAAUGGUCGCUUGAAGUAUUUUCAUCCAACCCAGCCCGGCCAGAUUCUUGACGGCAGAUUCAAGACGAUUGCAAAACUCGGGUUCGGGUCUGGAUCCACUGUCUGGUUGGCAGAAAAUCUAGCGUGUAAAAGAUGGACCAAGUCGUCAGGUCCUCGCUAUGUUAGCAUCAAAAUAUCUGCUCUGGAUACAAAUGCUGCUGAUGAGAUGAGAUGGAUGAAGCUUAUCUCAAAUGCCAAUCCAUCACACGAAGGUCUCUCACAUAUUCGGACACCGAUUGAUGUGUUCGACCUACAAGGUGAAUGUGGGACGCACACUUGUCUAGUGUUUGAGCCCAUGAGAGAGACUCUUUUCCAGUUCCAACAAAGACUUCCACGACAAAGACUAGGGCCUCCAUUAUUUAAAGCCUAUAUGUUUUGCCUUCUUCAAGCCUUGGAUUACUUGCAUACGGAGUGCCGUCUGAUCCAUACAGACAUCAAGGACGAUAAUAUCAUGGUCACACUUGAGGAUGACUCUGUUUUAAAAGAUCUUGUACAAUACUACAAGAACCAUUCCCAGCCUAAGCAUGUCAGAAACGAAGACGGACGUGUGACGUAUUUGUCACAUGAUGAACUUGGUGGCCUUCGUGGCACUACUAUCCUACCCCGGCUUGCUGACUUCAAUCUCUGCUUCCCUGGACUACCCGAUAAUCGAGGCCAUUUAUCUCCCAUUCAAUCUCACCGGUAUCGUGCCCCAGAGGUGUUUCUUGGUUGUCCGUGGUCAUACAGUGCUGAUAUAUGGAAUCUCGGCUUAAUGAUGUGGAAUCUAUUAGAAGAUACUAGCCUGUUUAACCGGCCUGCUGGUGAGGACGGUGAAUAUGAUGCGCAUGUUCAUCUUGCUCAAAUGAUCUCCAUCUUGGGAAAUCCCCCCGAGGUUCUAAUACGAAGAGAACGAAUGUGUCGUAGAGCUAACCUCGGUAAGACGGUUAUUAACCAGAAGGGUAAAGAGUGCGGAACUAUGAACGAGUUUUGGGGUGGUCCCUUUUUUGACAAAGACGGCUGCAUUAUCCGCAAGGACUUGGUCGAAGCAGGGAAGAAUCUAUCCGAUACAGUGACUGAGCUGGUUGGGGAGGAGAAGGAGCAGUUUCUAGACUUUGCUGCCAGUAUGUUGCAGUGGCUGCCCGAGAAAAGGAAGACUGCAAAAGAGCUGCUCGAACAUCCCUUUCUUGACACUUUGAAGAUUUCAUGA